AUGGCCAAGGGGCUCCUGGUGACCUAUGCCCUCUGGGCUGUGGGGGGCCCUGCUGGGCUUCACCACCUGUACCUGGCAAGGGACAGCCACGCCCUGCUCUGGAUGCUGACCCUGGGGGGAGGUGGGCUGGGCUGGCUCUGGGAGUUCUGGAAGCUCCCAAGCUUUGUAGCUCAGGCCAACAGAGCCCAGGGGCAGAGGCAGAGCCCCAGAGGGGUGACACCCCCUCUGAGUCCCAUUCGCUUUGCUGCCCAGGUGAUAGUUGGCAUCUAGUUUGGCCUUGUGGCACUGAUUAGCCUUUCGUCCAUGGUCAGCUUCUAUAUUGUGGCCCUCCCACUGGCAGUUGGCUUAGGGGUCUUGCUGGUGGCUGCUGUUGGCAAUCAGACCUCAGACUUUAAGAACACUCUGGGGGCAGCAUUUCUCACUUCACCUAUAUUCUAUGGCCGCCCCAUAGCCAUACUGCCCAUUAGUGUGGCCGCCAGCAUUACAGCUCAGAAGCAUCGCCGCUACAAAGCUUUGGUGGUGUCAGAGCCGCUCAGUGUGCGGCUCUACCGGCUGGGCUUGGCUUACCUUGCUUUCACAGGCCCACUGGCAUACAGUGCCCUCUGCAACACAGCUGCCACCCUCAGCUAUGUGGCAGAAACUCUUGGCUCCUUCUUGAAUUGGUUCAGCUUCUUCCCCCUUCUUGGCCGCCUCAUGGAGUUUGUCCUCCUUCUGCUUUACUGGAUCUGGAGGCUACUGAUGGGAGAUACUGGCUUCAACAGCAGCUACUUCCAGCAGUGGGAGAAGCUCUAUGAAUUUGUUCACAGUUUUCAGGAUGAGAAGCGUCAGCUGGCUUACCAGGUUUUGGGCCUCUCAGAAGGGGCAACACAUGAAGAAAUACAUCAGAGUUACUGGGAACUAGUGAAGGUCUGGCACCCAGACCACAACCUGGACCAGACAGAGGAGGCACAGAGGCACUUCCUGGAGAUCCAGGCUGCGUAUGAAGUCCUGAGUCAACCCAGGAAGCCCAGGGGAUCCCGGAGGUGAAAAGAAACUUCCCCCUGAGGAUUGACUCUUCCUAUCAGAGCUGGACAACUUGUCCCAAAUCUAGCUUUGCCCAGGAAUGGCAUCCCAACAAGGUUAAAGAAACUGCUUGCAGGGGCCAGGCGUGGUGGCUCAUGCCUGUAAUCCCAGCACUUUGGGAGGCCGAGGCAGGCAGAUCACAAGGUCAGGAGU